AUGUUGAUAAUAAAUGAUGUCGAUAUUAUUGAAACCAAUGCCAACAGAAUUUAUUACCAUUCUACACGUAAUGAAUCGCAACAAAAAUCUAACAAACUAACAACAUCACCUGCCCUCGGUCCAUUUUCAACAACUCCACCAAUUUUGGUUCAUUCUGAACUCUUGUCUUCCAAAGACUUUCAUCGAGAAUUAACCGAUGAUCAAUCUGCAUCAGAGCAAGUUGAAGAUAAAAAUCCAACACCGAUUUCUCAAAUCAGUCAAUGUAAAACCGGGUGGACAAUCCAGGGCAUUGUGACUAACAAAACUAACACUCACUAUUACAAAACAUCUCGUGGUGAAGGUACACUUUUUUCAUUUGAUUUACUUGAUGAAGCUGACGAAAUUCGAGCCACAGCAUUCAACAGCGACUGUAGUCGUUUUUUCCCCAUAAUUGAAAUUGGACAAACGUAUAGUUUGACAAAAGCUACUGUUAAACCAGUCAAUCGUUGA